UGAGAGUCGAGUCGUGAGCUGUUAGUAAGUUGUGAGUCGAGAGUUGAGUGAAGUGAAAGUUGCCGAGUUGUUACAAGUGAUAAACUGAUAUUUGUGAAUAGAUCCAUCUAUCGAUAAAUUUAUCAUAUAGGAUAGAAAUCAUUGGGAAUCCUAAUUUCUAAUAUUUCUGAAUAAAUAAUCCUAUAAUAAUAAUAGAUUUAUUUCGUAAAAGCUACUGGAGAUAUCAUUUAACGUUGCGCAGAACACUGUAACUUUUGCAUCCUAUCAUGGAUUCCUACGAAGAGGAAUUUGCAUUUUCGUUACAUUUCGAUGAAACCGAAUCAGACGAAGAUCGAUUGAAAAAGUAUAUCGAUCAUCUGCUCGAAAAGCCUCUAAUAAUUAAGGAUACAAGAUCCACAAAUAAUGCUGUAAUGUUUAUUUCUAUGGCAAGGACAGCCAUAUCAUACGAGGAUUAUGAAGCGGCUGUCAACUUUUAUACGAAAGGAUUGCAAGAGGUCGUCCCGUACUGUGAAUUGUCUGCAAUAUUAUACUCAAAUCGUGCUGAGGCCUUGGGAUGCCUAGAAAUGUACAAGGAGAGUUUAAUAGAUAUCGAUAGGGCGAUCGAAAUUUCUCCCAAUACCGAAUUAACCAAGCGUUUGAAAGAUACAAAGAUGGAGUUAGAAAAAAAAGCUUCUCGUCCGCAUACGAAACCAAAUAACAGAAAUCACUUCGAGGAUAUACCAUCGCUAUCGCACGACGAAAACAAAGAUGUUCCUGGUAUGAGCGAUGCUGUUCGCUUGGUUCAUAGUAAAAAAUAUGGUGUAAAUUUUGAAGCGACGAAACCCAUCGGUACUGGAGACGUCAUUCUAAUCGAGAAACCACAAGCAACGUCUAUCUUUAAAUCAGACAUUGCCGUUGCAAAUGUGUGUUACUAUUGCCUAGAACGAUGCAUAGCAUUACUUCCAUGUGAACAGUGUAAUAGCGCGCUAUAUUGUUCGAAAGAAUGCCGUGCAAAAGCAUAUGAAGAAUACCAUAGAAUCCAAUGCAACUCUAAAAACCUUCCAGAUGAUGUUCAAUUUGUAAUAAACUUGCUUAUGAAGAUUACAAAAAACGGUGAAAAACUUACAGAAGCCAUUAAAUAUUGCGAGAAGCUCGAUACUAUGAGUGCAGAUUCGAUAAAGGAAUUUUAUACGAAACGUGAUAAUUUGAAAAACAAUUUGAAAUCCGUCCUCAGUUUGAGUAUAUCGAUGAAGAAGAAUGACAAGAGAAAUGCAAAAUACAUAUUCAAAUCAGCCCAUAUCGCUUUAUUCCUACGAAACCAGACCAAUUAUAUGCAGGGAUAUAAUGAUAUCUUAAGUGUUGCUAAAUUAUUAUUCCGAUUAUUCUACAUAUAUCAUGUACACGUCUUUAUGGAGGAUAUAUCGAUUGAUAGAUAUAGUAGUGGAGUAUACAAUCUGUAUUCCUUGCUUAGUUUGUUUCAUCACUCUUGUUGUGCGAAUACAGUGCAUUCGAUACAUAAAAAUGGUGUGAUAGUUGUACGCGCAACUAAGGACAUGAAACCAGGUGAACAGAUAACUUUUAAUUUUCUACGUACAAGUAAAUUCACAGAUUUCGUAAGUGAAUGUAUACUACGACAAGUUGGCCUACGAGAAGAGAAACAUAUUUUAUGCAAUUGCGUGGCUUGUGAAAGGAAUUAUGAUUUUAAUCCUGAGCUUGGUAGGAAAUUAAAAAUACCGAGAGAAUUAGAACGACGCCUACGUAAAAAGCGAUUCGAUAUCGACAGCUUGUGGGAAUUACUCAAAGUAAUUAACAACGAGAGAAGCCGACCGUGUUUAGAAGCAGAACUCUUGAAAGCUGCUCUUCCAAAUAUCUAUUUGGGAAAGCGGGAAACUCUACUGGACAUCCUAUACCGAUUAAUUGGAAUUUCGUAAAUGAGUCUUGUUCCUGAUUAUGAUACGAGGAUUCGAGCAGAAUGCGUAACAACCUUAAUCCUUCGUCUCUCUAACGUUCUCUUAAUGUUAUAAUAUUAAUUUUUUACUUCGUAUUAUAUUUUAGUGGCAAAUUUAACGUUACACAAGAAUUUUCAUUUCUACUCUUUUAUGUGAUAUUUAUCGUUGGUUGUUUAUUAUCUCUAUAUUUAUCCGUAUUAUUUCGCUUACAGUAUUUUAUAAUUAUAUUAUAUUUUAUUAUAAUUAGAUACGUUACGAUAUUUCUUAUCCAUACAGUUAGUUUUAACAAAACAACAUUAAUAUGUGUAUAUAAUGUUAACUACAUAUUAACUUACAACAUUAUUUUUAAUAUAGUCUAAUCAAAGAUAUUAAUAUUGAUAAUUUCAUAUGUGCAACUUCUUCGUGUUAUAUUCAUUUUUCUCUCCCCUUAUUUACAUUCUUACGAUAUAACAGAGUUAACCACUUGACACAUACAUUUGUAACUGUUCUAACUAUUCGCACUUUAUGAUUCACAAUGGUCAAAUGUAAAAUAUAUAUUCAUUUCUUCGUGAUUCGCCUAACUCGAUUAAAUUCCGUUCUAAUUUAAGAUACAUUUAUAAAUACAAAGAAAUUCUAUGCGGUCGAUAUGAAAAUGGAUAUCGCGUCAAUUGUUCUUUCGAACAUGUAAAGCCUCGUGAUAUCGCAGUAUCUUUGUAACAACAAUAUUCUUUCAAUAUAAGCGAAUGAAUUACGUGCACGAUACACAGUCUGUGCUUCAUAAAAUAUCAAUGCGCAAUUAUAAAACAAGAGGCCGAACAAAUGCUUCGGUAUAUUUCUACUCAUCUAAGUCGGGUAUCGAUACAGAUUCACUGCCGUCCUACUUGCGAUGCAAUUAGGCCAAGGAUGAAACCUAACGGCCUGAGUUAACGAAGCUUCGCAACGUACAACGAUCUGAACUCUCCGAGAUCUGCCUUUAUACUUCCAAACUAAGAUAAAUGCGAAAUCUUCGAUAAAUCGGCAAAGUAAAUAAAUUAACGGACUAAGUCAUUAAGCAUGAUAAACGUAUCGUAUCCAUUGUUAAAUCCUUGCAAAUGUUACAUAUGCAUACACUUGUAAGCUUACAUAUACCUAGAUCACAUGUGCAUGACUAACAGGAAAGUCAAUCAGAGAACGAGUCAAAUAUAAACCGGCCUUUGUAACUUUAUAUU